AUGGACCUCCAGUUCUCUUUCUUCCAUGCCAUACUUACCUUUUCUCUCUUUGUGGUUAUGGUACUCAAAAUAGCAAGCAGAGGCAAAACCAAAAGCUCCAGUUCAAAUCUACCACCAGGACCACGUGAGCUACCCUUUAUAGGGAACAUCCACCAGCUUGCUGGCUCUCUACCCCAUCGCAGUCUGCGAAACUUGGCCAACAAAUACGGACCCCUAAUGCACCUAAGGCUUGGAGAAGUUUCCACAGUGGUUGUUUCAUCAGCAGAAUUUGCCAAAGAGGUGAUGAAGACCCACGACGCUACUUUUGCAUCCAGGCCCCAUCUCCUUGCCGCAGACAUUGUUUCUUACAACUCCACAAACAUUGUCUUUGCAAAAUAUGGUGAUUACUGGAGACAGCUGAGGAAAAUUUGCACACUGGAGGUCUUAAGUCCAAAGCGUGUUCAAUCUUAUCGACCUAUUAGAGAGGAAGAGAUGCUGAAUCUCAUCAAAUGGAUUGCUUCCAAAGCCAGAUCACCUAUCAAUCUUACAGAAAAAAUUUACUUAUCUACAUAUACAAUCACUACACGAGCUGCCUUCGGUAAAAAGAGUAAAUAUCAUGAAGAGUUUAUAGAUGCUGUGAAAGAAGGUAUACAACUGGCAGGAGGCUUUGAUCUUGCAGAUGUCUUUCCUUCUUACAGUCUGCUGCAUAUGAUAACUGGGAUGAGGCCUAAACUCCAAAGGUUGCAAAAGAAAACUGAUAGGAUACUGGAAAACAUCAUAAAAGAACACACAGAAAAGGCAACAUCACAAGGUGGUGAGAGGGAAGCACAGGAACACCUGAUAGAAGUACUCUUAAAAUUUCACAAGGAUAACUGUGGACUUGAGUUUAACCUAACUACUGACAACAUCAAAGCAGUAAUCUUGGACAUUUUUGGAGCUGGGAGUGAGACAUCAGCAACAGCUGUAGACUGGGCAAUGUCAGAAAUGGUUAAAAAUCCACAAAUCAUGAAAAGGGCACAGGAUGAGGUGAGGGAAGUGUUCAAUAGAUUAGGGCACGUAAGUGAAACAGGCAUCAAAGAGAUGAAAUAUUUAAACUCGAUUAUUAAAGAGACACUCAGAUUGCACCCAUCUGCUCCUCUUUUAAUCCCAAGAGAAUGCAGAGAGACAUGUGAGAUUGGCGGAUACGAAAUACCUGUCAAAACAAAGGUAGUUGUCAAUGGAUGGGCAAUUGGUAGAGAUCCUAAGUACUGGACUGAGCCUGAGAGAUUUUAUCCAGACAGAUUCCUUGAUAGCUCAGUUGAUUUCAGGGGAACAAACUUUGAGUUUAUCCCCUUUGGAGCUGGAAGGAGAAUGUGCCCCGGCAUAACAUAUGGUCUGGCCAAUGUGGAGCUUCCUCUUGCAAUGUUGUUAUACCAUUUUGAUUGGAAACGCCCAGAUGGAAAGAAACACGAAGACCUGGACAUGGCUGAGGCCUUCGGCAUUACAGUCGGCAGGAAAGAAAAUCUGUGCCUUGUACCCAUCCCAUAUCAUCCUCCACCAACUGAAGAAACCCAAGUGUAA